UACGUCAUCAGCGCGCGCCCGCCGGCCCUCCAGGCUGGAGCACGGCUUGGUCCCCGGCUCCUCGGCCCGCGCGACCAGCCGCCGCGGGGCAGGUGCUUCCCCGCGCGGGCCUCGCUCCGCAGUCUGCACGUCUCAGCGGGACCCCUCAGGCCGCUCCAGCAGUGGCCUUCUAGGACCAGAGGUGCCUCGGGAGGGCCCCCGGUGCUGGGACGCUCAGGGUCACGUCGACCCUCCCACCAACAGAGGGGAUGGGAGGCGGGUCCUGCGCUGGUUCCGCCGUCGCACCCCGACCCGGGCGUUGGGAGCUCUGAGGGCCGGCCCAGUUCUGUUCUCUGGGCCUCAGCUUCCCCAUCUUUAAAAUGAAUAGAGGCUGGGGAACGGUUUGAAAAAGUAGGGGAGUCCCUGGGGCGGGCGGGAAGGCCUAGGCUCACGGGGUGGGGCGGGGCUGCCACGUGACCCGAUUGCUAUGGCACCCACGGGAACAAUCGGGCCCGCGGCCCCGCCCCUUCUCAUCGACCUCCCCAGGCCUGGGAAGGGCCUCCCCGCCCUUCCGGGGCCCCAGACAUCCUUGGAGGCACUCCAGCUUCAGAGCGCUCUAUCGAGAAGUGCCUGCACCCUGUGCCUUUCAUCCACACUAAUUUGGCUGCAGUGACUCUCGUUCAAGGGACGAUCACUUUGGAUAGCUUAUUACAGCUCUUCUCACGACAUUCCUGGCGCGCAUGUCACAAGUCACUAGGAUCAAGAGCCACGUCAGUUUUGCUCUCAGGGGCUCUUGGGGCCACCAGCUGAGAUCCCCCUUCUCCUGUGAAUGACCACUGAGGAAGACAAUGAAUGAGGUGAAGGAGUCUCUUCGAAACAUCGAGCAGAAGUACAAGCUCUUCCAACAGCAACAGUUCACCUUCAUCGCCGCUCUGGAGCACUGCAGGGAGAACGCCCAUGACAAGAUCCGGCCCAUCGCCAGCAUCGGACAGGUGCAGAGCUACGCGGAGCAUUACUGCCACAACGCCACAGACCGGCGCGUUCUGCGCCUGUUCCUGGACAUCUGCGCAGAGCUGAGCAGGCUGUGUCAGCACUUCGAAGCCCUGCACUCCGGCAGCCCGGCCACCAGCAACCUGCUUGAGAAAUGCAAAUCCCUGGUUAGCCAAAGCAACGACCUGAGCAGCCUCAGGGCAAAGUACCCUCACGACGUGGUGAACCACCUCAGCUGUGACGAGGCCAGGAACCACUACGGAGGCAUCGUCAGCCUCAUCCCCAUCGUCCUGGACUUAAUGAAAGAAUGGGUCGCCCACUCGGAGAAGCUGCCCCGCAAAGCCCUGCAGCAUGUGAGUGAGCCCCAGGCACACCAGGAAGCCACCGGGGCGGCCGCUCGCCCUGCCUGGACCACAGGCACCCAGCCUCGGUUAAGGAAGCACAAACGUAGGCGACUUACAAAAGACAGCCCCAAACCUAGGGGGAAUGACACAGGAUGUCUCAAACCUCCCUGGAGACCGCCUGGCGGGAAACUGUAACUCAGAGCCGGCAAGCUGCUGCGUCCCGUAGGGUGCUUGGUCACUUAACUUGGUCUCCACCGGCUGAUCCAUUCUUUGGCGCCCACAGUCCCCGCCACGGAUGAACCCCAGAGGGCCUGCCCAAUAUACUGUUGAGAACCUCUCUCCCUCUGUCACGUUCACUUCUAAGCUCUCCUCGCCUCUGAGCCAAUGAAGAGGACCCCCACUUCCGGUGUUGGUGGGAGCGGGUGUCCCGGGGAGGCUGCUGAGAGCUGGGGUCACCGGCCUGCCCAGGUGCUCUGGGAGCUCCCAGCCCGCACCCUGCCGGGCCCGGCCACGCUGCAGGUCCGGCUUUCUGGGCCGAGCCGCCGAGCCGGAGGCCUGCCAGCUCCUUUCCCACCACAGCGGCAACUGUAGGCAAGGCUCGGCUCCUGCAAGAUCUGGCUGCUUGGCCUGCCAGGAUGCUGAGGGCCGGCACGGUGGACUUCCUCAGUGUGAUUAGGUCUCUGGACCAAAACCCAAAGGGGAACGAACCUGCCUUUGCUCUCCUUUACUUGGGAGAGGGGAGGCCAUGAGAGAAGCCGGAAGAAUUCUGAUUUUAUGGCUCCCGUGCAAGGACAGUUUCCUGAUUUUCACAACACAGUCAAGGCCCCGACAUUAUAGAAUGUGUCUCUGGCUUUUGCGCUUGCUGGAAGUUCUGACUGACUGUUGGCUUUUCCCUUCACAGGGGGCGACUUAGCUUCUGUGUUCUUGCUUCCUCGGGGGCGACCGUCAAGAAUAAAAAGUGUUCUCCCA